AUUCAUUAUGUGUCGUUGGAUAGAACGCCCCAAUUGUGGGAAGAAUUGGAAAAAGAUCAAAUCACCCUAAGAGAGGCUUGUGGCAAUACGGUGCGCAAUGUAACGGGUUCGCCCAUGGCUGGGGUCGAUCCCAAUGAGCCAUUUGACGUAUCGCCCUAUGCCCAUGCCACAUUCGAAUAUUUUUUACGCAAUCCCAUUAGCCAAGACAUGGGGCGGAAAUUUAAAAUGGCGUUUUCAUCGACCGAUGCCGAUGACGCGUUAACCUAUAUGCACGAUUUGGGUUUUAUUGCCAAAAUCAAAGACGGAGAAAGAGGGUUUAAAGUAAUGCUGGGUGGUGGUUUGGGUUCUCAGCCAUUGCCUGCUUUUGUGGCCUAUGAAUUUUUACCCACCAAUCAAAUAUUGCCUUUUGCCGAGGCGGUGGUUAGGGUAUUUGACCGUUAUGGUGAAAGGGCCAAACGCAACAAGGCCCGUUUAAAAUUUUUGGUGGCCGAUUUGGGUUUUGAAGCCUUUAUGCAAUGGGUGAAUGUGGAACGCUUGGCCACCAAACACAAAAUAUUUGAAAUCGAGGCUCCUGAGUCGUCGCCCGUAUUUUUGGCAGGGGAUUGGGUCAAAGAUCAAACCAUAGACGAUGUUAAGGCUUUUGAAAUUUGGAAACAAACCAAUGUGUUUGCCCAAAAACAAACGGGCUUUGUGGCGGUGGGCAUUCGCGUGCCAUUGGGCGAUUUUACAACGGCCACCGCCCGAGAAUUGGCCAAAGUGGUGGAUGCAUUUGCGGCUGACGACAUUCGGUUGACGCUGACCCAAAACAUAGUGUUGCGCUUUGUGAAACCCGAUGAUUUGCCUGCCUUAUACAAUGCGCUAAAAUCCAUUGGACUGAAUGCCCCAGGUUAUGAGAGUCCUGUGGAUAUAACGGCUUGUCCGGGUACCGAUACCUGCAAUUUGGGCAUAGCCAGCAGCACGGGUUUGGCGGUGGAAUUGGAGCGGAUAAGCGGUUGUAUGAACGCCUGUGGUCAGCAUAAUAUGGCCGAUAUUGGGUUUCAGGGCAUGACGGUGAAGGCCGGUGUCAAAAUUGCGCCCGCUUCUCAGGUGUUGUUGGGGGGGCGUCCGUUGGGCGACGGACAAGCGGUGUUCUCGGACAAG